AUGCUUCAAAUCUUCCUGAUCUGCAAGCCCUUCGAGAAGAACUGGAACCUGAUGUUACCCGGCCACUGCGCAAGCCAGAACGUGGCCUUCUCGACCAUCGGCGCCUUUAAUCUCAUGACGGACGUCAUGAUCAUGGUGCUCCCGCUGCAUUUUAUCUAUAAGUUGCAGAUGAACACUGCGACCAAGCUCGCGCUCUACGGUAUCUUCGGAAUGGGCCUUUUUAUCUCCGCUAUAACCAUCAUCCGCAUCCGCGUCCUCACGACCGUCGAAUUCCUCGAUCUCCCUUAUUCGAUGAUCUGGGCUGCCUUUUGGAGCGUCACUGAACCGGCCCUGGCGAACUUGAAUGCGUGCGUGCCAAUGCUGCGGCCCGUCUUUAAGGCUGCGUUUCCUACACUGUUUGCCAGCCGCCAGACCGGAUACUCGACGCAGCCGGCGUCUGGGGGCUCAGGGAGCAAGAACAAAGUCUUCAACCGGAUGAAUGAUGUCGAGAGUGAGUUUCAGCUUACGCAGUUGGAGGAGCCGGUCAGAUUGAGUCGGGAGGGGAGGUCAGAACAUGGAGACGACCGGUCCCAGGAUGAUCGGUCACAGGAUGGCCGUUUGCAUGAUGAGUCGACGCAUGUGCCCAGGAGUAUGAUUGUGGCCAAGCCUUGGUCUUAA